CGCACGCACAGACCGACAGUCGACACCGCCAGCAGUAUCGCGUGCGUAUCGGCAGACACGCUCUCUCUCUCUCGCGAAAGGGAGAGAGCAGAGAGGGAGCCGCUCUCCGGGGCUGUCGGUCACAAGGUGUCGGUCGCGCAGGCAGGCAGGCGAGCAGUGCGGCUUCUGGGGGCGGCGAGGGCGGCUGGCUGUCUCUCUUCUCUCCUCCGUGUCAUUGCAACGCGGACGGACGAACGGACGAAAGAGCUGUCCCCUUGACGACAGCUGCCGGUCGGCCCGCUGCUCGCGCACUCGCGUCCUUCCGAGACACCUCCGCGAGGAGCUCAGUGCGGGACUCGAGUCGCGUGUGCGUGCGCGGAUCAAUCGGCUUCGAGCAAGAGGGCAAGCGAGACGGGGAGGCGGCACACCAGCCACUCGGAGCAGUAGCAGCAGCGGACUCGCUCGAGAGGGGCCUCCUCGUGGCAGCAUGGAGUGCCCCGAGGCGCUGGAACGUGGCCGGAACUUUCGACUGCUCAGCGCUGACGAAUUACCUCAACUCCUGGACUUCCUCGCCACUUAUCUGCCCGAAUCUCUCAAGUUUCACCAGACCCUGCUGACCUACAUCCGCAACAAAGUGUGGGAGUUUCACUUUUACGUGGCUAAUGACUGGCCGGAAGUUCCUGUGUGCCUACAUUUCCCAGGGAUGACACUCUCGUGCCACGGUCUGCUGUACGAGAGCGUGGGUGCGUUCUGCCCGAACGACCGCCUGGAGUGCCUGCGGCUGCUGCGCGAGGAGGACGUGCUGAUCAACUGGAACAAGCCGCUCUACAUCAACUUCGUCCACUCGGAGAUCGCGGACGAGCUGUCGCGACUGUACGCGGGCCAGGGCAGCGUCGAGCGGGUUCUCGGCGACGUCUGGGCCUGCGACGAGCCCGAGAAGACGGAGCAGAGCGACGAGGAGGGCACCGGCGACAUCGAAGUCCAGGUGCUGCCACUGAGGGCCGAGCACGCGGAGGGCAUCCACGAGCUGUACCCAGCCAACGACAUGGAGUGUCACGAGCUCUUCCUUCGCCUUAUCAAGAACCUCUCGGCCGCCGGGGUGUUCGCGAACGGCAGCCUGGCUGCCUGGAUGGUCCAGUCCUACUACGGCGCCAUGUUCUCCAUGCAGACCAAGCCGGAGUUCCGGAGGAAAGGCUACGGCACCAAGCUGGCGAGGUUCCUGACGAAGAGGGUCGCGGAGAACGGCUACAAGCCGUUCGUGGUGAUACGGCCGGAGAACGAGGCGAGCCAGGCGCUGUACAAAAAGCUCGGCUUCCGAAAGCUCUACACGAUCGUGCGCAUGACCUUCGUGCCGGACUGCUGGCGGGAGCCCGAGGACGAGGAGGAGGCGAACGCGAUACUCAGGGACAACCUCGUGAACGCGGUCCGCCAGCUGAACAUCCAGCAGAACGUGCUCGAGGCCCUGCAGGCCAACGCCGAAGCCAAGCAGGACAAGAGCCGCGAGGAGGAGGAGGAGGAGGAGGACGAGGACAGCGAGGACGUCUACACGCGCGUCGAGGAGGUACUCGAGCCCAUCGACGAGCGGCCCGAGGAGGGCAUCAAGUACAACAACGACGAGGCGUCGCUUGCCGCCGACGGCAACUAGGCCACAGCUGCUCUACUCGGCCGAGACAUCCUCGUCGUCCUCGGGUUUGAGGUUUGAAUCGCGCGCGCACGCGAAAAGCUCGGCUCCCGCGCUUUUUUUUAAAAGAACUCUCUAGUGUGUACGUGUAGAAAGCGCGUGGAUAUUUUUACCGACCCAGCUUGGAUUAUAUAUAUAUAUAUAUAUAUAUAUAUAUAUAUAUAUAUAUAUAUAUUGUAUACAUUAAACGUGAACCGUGUGAGGCAUAACUUGACUUUUCGCGCGUUAUUUUUGAAUAAUGCUGUAACGAAGGCGCGAGAACAUUCCAGCAGUUGUGAAACUCGCAUAGACUGCGUAUAUGAGAGAUUUACCGCGUAUUAGGGAACGAGAUAAAAUAAUGGUAAUAUAUAUAUAUAUAUAUAUAUAUAAAUAUGUUCGCACGCGGAACCCGGCUAUUCGCGCGCCGCGUUCGAGCCUCAAACUAUUCGCAUAAAAUUCCGCGCGUCUCACUCGAAGAAUCAUGUUCAUGCAGCGUCUCGCUCGCGCGCAUCGGGCUCUCUCUCUCUCUCUCUCUCUCUCUCUCUCUCUCUCUCUCUCUCUAUACAUAUACACUCACACAUCAGCCCGGGUGGAUAAAAAUGCGGGCGAGAGCUGCGGGACGUACGAAAACUUCGGCGUCCGCGAGAUCGUCGUUAAAUAGUGACGCUUGAAAACUCCGCUUGUUCAUAUACGUAUAAAUAUACACAUACUCGGUACACCGGCAACAACUCGUAGAACUUUAUUACGUAUGAUCUUAUUGCGCGGAGUUCAGAGAGGCUGUAUUUGUGGGAGGUUAUUAUUGAGCUUUCGUUUGCUUCCCCUACCCCUGCGUGUAUAAUCGCUGACAUGGUACAAUGAAAACUUGAAACUCGGAGAUAAAUUUUUGACUAUAUUGCCUUCGCUUGUUUCGGCUGAUCUAUUAUUGUAUACAUUAUGCAUCAUAUAUAUAUAU